AUGCGCUUCCCCAAGCUCGCCCUCGCGGCCGCCGCGCUGCUGGGCCACCACGUCCGCGCCCAGGUUCACACCGACUGCAACCCGCUCGAGAAGGACUGUCCUGCCAAUCCCGCCUGGGGCACAUCGCACCUCUUCAGCUUCAACGCCACGCCCUCCAACGACCUCUGGGAGACGACGGCCGGCAAAGUCACCUUCGACGCCGACAAGGGCGCCGGCUUCACCAUCACCAAGCAGGGCGACUCCCCCACCAUCCGCACAAAGUUCUACUUCUUCUUCGGCCGCACCGAGAUCCUCCUCAAGGUCGCCCCCGGCCGUGGCAUCGUCAGCUCCAUGAUGUGGCUCAGCGACGACCUCGACGAGGUCGACUGGGAGUUUCUCGGCUCAAACACCACCUUUGCCACAACAAACUACUUUGGCAAGGGCCGCCAGGACUGGCGCAACGGCGGCGCUCACCCCAUGACGGGCAUGCAGGACGACUACCACAACUACACGACCGUCUGGACCAAGGAGCAGAUCGACUGGUUCAUCGAUGGCAACCACGUUCGCACCCUUGUCGCGAAGGACGCAAACAACACCGAAAACUACCCCCAGACUCCAAUGCGCAUGAGCGUCGGCAUCUGGGCCGGCGGCGACCCCUCCCUGCCCGAGGGCACCCGCAAGUGGGCUGGUGGCGACACCGACUAUGCCUCGGGGCCCUACACCAUGUAUCUCAAGGCUGCCCGCGUUACCGACUUUUCCUCCGGCAAGGAGUACUCGUACGGAGACAGAUCCGGCAGCUGGAAGAGCAUCAACAUCGCCGCCGGCAACUCGACCGCCUUCGAGGCCCUCAACAAGGAACCUGAAAAGACCGUCAGCGAGAAGUGGGCCGCCCUGCCGUCCGGCACCAAGAUUGGCAUCUACGCCGGAGCCGGUGGCUUCGUUGCCCUUGCCGGCGGCGCGCUGCUCUUCUACUUCCUUCGCCAGCGUCGCAGGGGCGCCAAGGAAGCCCGCCUUGCCGAAGAACGUGCUGCCGCGGAGCGCCACGAGAUGGAGCACUUCCAGAAAAAGGGCAUCAACCCCGACGGCUUUUCCGAGUACGGCCACGAGUACGACGCCCACGAGAUGCGCAAGGGCGGCUUCGGCGAUGCCGACUCGUACCAUGUCCCCGAGACGACGGCCGCAGGCCCUUUAGGUGACGGCGCGUGGGGAGCCGCGUCGGCGGCUGGCGGCAUGCACGCGCAGAAUCAUCGCAUGGCCAGCCCUGCGCCCUCGGCUCGCGGACCUGGAAGCCCGCGCGGCUUCGACUUUGGCGUACCGCCCAGCCCGGGUCCGUCUCCUUCGGGGCCCCUGCCAUCCCCAAGCCGGAGCCAGAUGCGGAGCGAAUCGGGGCCGGGUGCAUAUGGCCGGAUGGGAUCGCCAGGUCCCCAGAAUAUGGCGCGCAUGCAGAGCCCCGGGCCUCCCCCGGCGCGGAGCUUCACGGACAUACAGAGGGGUCCGAGCCCCGGCAAUCACCGGGGCGGAUUCUGA